AUGAAAAGUAUUACCAGAGUGACUGUGGACAAGAGAUCGCUAGACAAGAGAACAGAUGAAGCAGUAAAGAGAGCAAACCAUCGGACAAUGUCGCGCAUAUUUCAAAUACCUGCUCCCAUAAAAUCAUUAUUUGAUAAUUUCCCAUUGAAAACGUAUCCACCCAUAUCAAGUCAAGAUGAUGCAAUGCAUGCCGAAUUUCUAAAAAGAAAGUACCCAUUUGGCGGUUCAUCACAGACUGAUAUCAAUAGCACUUUCGCAUUAGGUGUAUACAAUAUAUUUUGCGAGCCGAAGACCAAGACCAUAUUAGCCUCAGAUCCAUGGUGUUUGUAUGCUCAAUUUGCACUUUGCAAGAAAAAUGCUCUGAGGUUGCCAUGCGGUAACCUAGAGCAAGAGGGAGGGGAUGACGAGUACAACCAUUGUCUCGAUCUUUUGUCCCCGUUUGCCGCAAAUGAUGAAACUUUACCUGUUCUAAUUGAAGGCUACAAUAAAAGAUAUAUCAGAUCCACAGACGGAAUUAACGAAAUUCUCACCUCCCGCGUGAAUGACGAUCCCGAGCAACUACUCUUCAUAAACAUGUUAGACCAUAUCGUUUACGAUUGCUGGAUGUUGCAGAUAUUUUUCCACCUAUCUGCUGCUCAGUUUCUCAAAAUGUACUCCUUUCAAGAUACAUGCGAGAUUAAAGAUCUCAAGGUCUCACUGACCAAAAGGAAUCACUUCCAUUUACGCCACAGAGAGAUUGUGAAGAAUAUUGAAUCACCAAUGCAGUGUUAUCAGCACAGCUCCAUAAAGAAUAUGCUAGCUCCCAUCCAAGAAAGUUGCCAAACUACUUUGUUACAAUUUCAAGAAUCCCUGGGGAACAAGCCUUUUGUGUCUACAAGCGACGCAACCCCAACCUAUUUCGAGUUGAAAAUUGCCAGCUAUAUGUUGUGCAUCGCCAAUCUGCCCGAUGAAACUCCAUUGAAGGCCUUCGUAAAUGAUAAAUGUCAGCAAUUGAUGCACCACGCACAGCUUACACUAGCAAAAUUACAUCACAUAACAACCUGA